AUGGCCCCGGUACAAAACGAAGAGAUGGAACAUGAACAAACGGCUCAGGGGUCAGGAAGAAGAAAAGAAACAAACGACUGGGGUGUUUUUGAAUUGCAUCAUGAUCUGUCUUCUGUAUUACAGGAGCAGCAAGUUGAGGACAGGAGAACCCAUGGCGGUCAUCACCAGCAGCUAUUCAAUCAGGAGAAGCCUAUAAUGGAUUAUGCAUCACCAACGGUUAUUCAAUCAGGAGAUUAUGCACAGCAUUCUGUUGGAGGUUCCAGGACUUCUCAGUGUGGAUGGCUAAGUGAGGAGGAGGGCGGGACAGAUCCAAAUGAGGGUAGUGAUUGCGAUGAUGGAGAGAUAGUUCAGCUGACUCCAGAACCGCUAUGUGAAGAACUUGAAGAGCUGCUCAGGGAAGUUCGUGGAGAGACGAAGAGGAAGAGACCCACGAGGUGGGACAAGUAA